UCACACGGCUGACGGAGCUGGUGCUGCAGGCACACCGCAAGGAACUAGAGGGGCUGCGGCCCCCCCCCCGCACCCCCACCCUGGCCCGCCUGGAUGAGGACGAGCAGCAGCCCCUGGGGAGUGAGGACAGCCCCAAAACCUGCUGGUGUUGAAGCCUGCACCCCCCCGACACCCCCCGCAGCGGGCUGUGUUGGGUGGGGGGUGGCACAGUGGGUGCAGGAUUGGGGCAGCCUGAUGGAGGGGGCGGGGGGGAACACCUGGUGGCAACCCAGGACCUCUCCCCCACCCAGAGAUGGUGGAGGUGCCCCCCCAUCCUGGCACCCAUGUGGGGAUGGUGGGGGUGGGGGUAGGGUGUUGCGGGCGCUGUGUGCCCACCCUGUGCCCGUGGCCCUCCCACCUCCCCUCGAUUUUACACACACACACACACACACACACACACACACACACAAAGUUUGCAGAAUAAAGGUGAUGCUGGAGCGGGGCCAGUGGCUCGUGUGCUGCUGGGGGUGGGCUGUGGGCACGGUGCCAUGACACUGUGAAGCCCCCAGUGCUAUGGUGCAGCCACCAGCCACCGGGCAAGUGGGGCAGCAUGCCACGGGCUGAGCCAGGCCCCAGCAACCUGAGCGGGUAUCAAUUAUUGAGGCUGCUCCAGGGCUGCUGGGACGGUGUCCCCUUUCCGGGUGGGAGGACGGGUCUGUGGGACACCGCGAUGGCGGGGACCAUGCCUCCCACUGCUGGCCAGGGGAGGAUGUUCCCAUGAGCCAGCCCCGGUGGGGACAGGGACAUCGCAGGAUGGUAGCACUGGGACCACUGGGUGCUGGAACUGGUGGGCACUGUGGGGAUGGCAAGCACAGGAGCCCCUGCGGGUGAUGCCAAGGAGAUGCACUGGGGCACCCCAUCCCCCCCCACCUGGGUCUGAGUCACCCCAUCCUCCACCCCACGCAGCCCCAGCUCCUGGAGUCCCGUUAUUUCCUGACUCCUCUGAGUGUCCCCAGCCUGUACCGACAGGCUGGAGGUGCCGAGCCCCACAGCAUCUCCCACCUUGCGGGCACAGGGAAGAGCAGCCACGUUGCACCAGACUGUGCCAUGAAUUAUUGAGGCAGGUAGAAGCAUCUCCUUGGCCCCACGCCACCCCCGGCCUCUUCCUUUUUCCCCCUGGGUGGGUGCCAGCGGGUGGGACGGCUCCGCUCCCCGCCAGUNNCUAUGGGGACAGCGCGGGGGGGUUCUGCUACCAGGAGAGCGGGCAGCUCGCCGCCGUCACCAGGAACCGCUUCGUGAGGUGGACCACAUCGGGAGACACGGUGGAGCUGGUGGAGGAAUCUCUGGACGUUAACCUGCUGAACAACGCCGUCCGCUUCCGCAUCCAGGGCUGCCCGUUUCUCCCGGGCGGCGUGCACCUCUGCGAGGUGCAGAGCCACUUGGUCGUCCUGCUGAUCACCGGGCAGACAGUGCAUCGUCUCCUCCUGCCGCAUCCCGCCCGCAUGUACCGCAGCGAGCUGAUAACAGAGAGCCAAGUGCAGUCCGUGUUUACAGAUAUCGGCAAAAUCAACUUCAGAGAUCCCGUGAAUUACUACGUGAUUCCCAGCGUGCCGGGCCUGGCAUCUAAUUCGGUCGCCUCGGCGGCAUGGCUUAGCAGCGAGGGGGAGGCUCUCUUCGCUCUGCCCUCUGCUUCGGGGGGGAUCUUCGUCCUUAAACUGCCUCCUCACGACGCGCCUGGAACGGUUUCAGUUGUGGAAUUGAAGCAGAGCUCAGUGGUGCAGCGUUUCCUUACCGGUUGGAUGCCAACUGCCAUCAGAGGUGACUGUGGCCCAUCGGACCUGCCUAUCAGCCUCUCUGUUCACUGCCUGGAUCAUGAUGCCUUUCUCUUUGCUCUCUGCCAGGACCACAAACUUCGGAUGUGGUCCUAUAAGGAUCAAAUGUGCCUGAUGGUUGCAGAUCUGCUGGAGUUCAUGCCGGUCAGCAGGGAUCUGCGGCUUGCAGCCGGGACCGGGCACCGUCUGCGACUGGCCUUCUCCCAGUCCCUGGGGCUUUACCUUGGCGUGUACAUGCAUGCGCCCAAGCGAGGGCAGUUCUGUGUCUUCCAGCUGGUGAGCACCGAGAGUAACCGCUACAGCCUUGACCACAUAUCCUCCCUGUUCUCCUCGCAGGAGACUCUUGUUGACUUUGCCUUAACUUCAGCAGAGAUCUGGGCUUUGUGGCACAACGAAGAGAACCAAACUGUUGUGAAAUACAUCAACUUUGAGCAAAAUGUCGCAGGCCAGUGGAAUCAGGUUUUUGUGCAGCCCCUGCCCGAAGAGGAAGUGACAGUUCGACACGAUCAGGACCCCAGGGAAACCUACCUAGAGUAUCUCUUCACGCCUGGCCGGUUCACAAAUGCAGCUAUCCAGAAAGCUUUACAGAUCUUUUCUCAAGGAACUGAAACACACAUGGAUCUGACGUGGGAUGAGUUAAAAAAAGAGGUUACCUUAGCUGUGGAAAACGAGUUCCAGGGCAGUGUGACAGAAUAUGAGUGCUCAUUGGAGGAGUUUUGGCAGCUGCAGGUGGAAUUCUGGUCCAAGCUCUACGCCUGCUGCCUUCAGUACCAAGAAGCACUCUCACGGCCCCUGGCCCUCCACUUGAACCCCUACACCAACAUGGUGUGCCUGCUGAAGAAGGGCUCCCUGUCUUUCCUUGUGCCCUGCUCCUUGGUGGACCAUCUCUAUCUCCUCUCUAAUGAGCACCUCCUGACUGAGGACGAUGCUGCCAUCUUUGAUGAUUUGGAGAUGUCUCGUGAUGUUGUCUGUCUUGUCCAGUGCCUUCGACUGAUCGGAGAAUCAAUUUCCAUGGAAAUGGCAUUCAUAAUGGAAAUGGCUUGCUCCCGCCUCCAGCCUCCAGAAAAGGCUGCAGAGCAGAUCCUGGAGGACUUGAUAGCUAAUGACACGGAAAAUGUGAUGGAGGACAUACACAGCAAACUGCAGGAGAUCAGAAACCCCAUCCACGCCAUCGGAGUGCUCAUCCGAGAAAUGGACUACGAGACCGAUGCUGACAUGGAAAGAGCUCAUCAUCUAAAUAUGCGCAUGAACCUCUCCCAGCUGUAUGGUAGUGGUACCGCUGUCAACGUGGUUUGCUGGGGGGUAUGUAAGAUUGCCACGAUCCGUUUUCUGAUCUGUCGGGACCUGUUGAUCCUCCAACAGCUGUUGCUGCGGCUUGAAGAUCCCAUGGUUUUGGGAGGGGGACAACUGUUCCAGUCUCAGCAGGACCUGCUGCACCGCACCUCACCCCUGCUGCUCUCCUACUACCUGAUCAGGUGGGCGAGCCAGUGCCUGGCGUCCGACGUCCCCAUUGACACGCUGGAAUCUAAUCUGCAGCAUCUAUCUGUGUUGGAGUUAGCAGACACCACUGCUCUAACACCCCAUAAACUAGUAUCCAGCCCUCAAACAAUUGUGGAGCUGUUCUUUCAGGAAGUGGCCAGAAAGCACAUCAUAGCUCGACUCUUCUUGCAACCAAACACCUCUUUGGCUGAAACAAGUUUGAACUGGCCCCAUCUCAUUACUGCGAUAGUGGCUGACUUUCUGCCACUCCUAUGGCCCAGCAAUCCCAGUUUCCUCUUCCCUGAGUGCCUGAUGGGGAGCUGCCAGUACACCCAGCUGCAGGAAUACAUUCGCCUGCUGCAGCCGUGGUGCCACGUGAACAUGGGCUCCUGCUGCUUCAUGAUGGGCCGCUGCUACCUCGUCAUGGGCGAGGGGCACAAGGCUUUGGAUUGUUUCUGCCAAGCUGCAUCUGAGGUGGGAAGAGAAGAGUUCUUGGACAGGCUGAUCCAGCCUGAAGAGGGUGAGAUAGUCUCCACUCCACGCCUGCAGUACUACAACAAGGUGCUGCGCUUGUUGGACAUGGUGGGGUUACCAGAGCUGGUCAUCCAGCUGGCUGCCCUGGCUGUCAUGGAGUCGGCAGAUGACUGGAGAAGCCAGGCUACAUUGAGGACUUGCAUCUUCAAACAUCACUUGGAUUUAGGACACAACAGUGAAGCAUAUGUAGCCUUAACGCAAAACCCAGAUCCAAGCAGGCAGCUGGACUGUCUGCGCCAGCUAGUGGUUGUUCUCUGCGAGCGCUCCCAGCUCCAGGACCUGGUGGAAUUCCCCUACGUCAACCUCCAUAACGAGGUCGUGGGGAUCAUUGAAUCUCAUGCUCGAGCAGUGGAUCUGAUGACCCACAAUUACUACGAGCUGCUGUACGCCUUCCACAUCUACCGCCACAACUACCGCAAGGCUGGCACAGUGAUGUUUGAAUACGGCAUGCGCCUGGGCAGGGAGGUGCGGACGCUCCGAGGGCUCCAGAAACAGGGAAACUGUUUUCUUGCUGCUAUUAACUGCUUACGGUUGAUCCGCCCAGAGUACGCCUGGAUAGUGCAGCCAGCUUCUGGAGCUGUGUACGAACGCCCUGGAGCAUCCCCAAAGAGAAGCCACGAUGGGGAGUGCACGGCUGUUCCAGCAACUCGCCAAAUCGAGAUCCUGGAGCUGGAGGAUUUGGAGAAGGAGUGUGUGUUGGCUCGGAUCCGGCUGACUCUGGUGCAGCACGACCUGUCGACAGCAGCUGUGGCAGGCAACUCUACACCCGAGGAAACGGUUGCUCUCCUGGUCCGGGCUGGCCUCUUUGACACCGCCGUCACUCUGUGCCAAACAUUCAAGCUGCCCUUGACACCUGUCUUUGAGGGACUCACUUUCAAGUGCAUCAAGCUGCAGCUGGGGGGGGAGGCAGCACAGGCAGAGGCCUGGGACUGGUUAGCAGCAAACCAGCUCUCCGCCCUGGUUACCACCAAGGAGUCCAGCGCCACAGACGAAGCGUGGAGGCUGCUGUCAUCCUAUUUGGAGCGUUACCCGUCCCAGAACAGCCUCUACCAUCGAUGCGUCAUCAACAAGCUCUUGGCACACGGGAUACCUCUGCCCAACUGGCUCAUUAACAGCUACAAGAAGGUGGAUGCUGCUGAGCUGCUGCGGCUUUAUCUGAAUUAUGACCUGCUGGAGGAGGCUGUGGAUUUGGUCCUGGAGUAUGUAGAUGCUGUGCUGGGCAAAGGGCACCGGUAUUUUGGAAUCGAGUUCCCCCUGUCCGCCACGGCCCCCAUGGUAUGGCUGCCCUACACUGCCAUCGACCAGCUGCUGCAGGCGCUGCGGGAGAGCACCACCAACCAUUACAAUGUCGUGCUCUACGAGAAGCUGCACGACAAGAUGGAGGACUACCAGCAGAAGGUCAGCAUGGCCACCUGCGAUCACCUGUACCGCCGAAACUAGUGGCAGGCCCCACUGCCCAUCUCUGUCCUUCGGCCCAGCACCUGCUCCAGGUGACAUCCCUGGGGGCUGAUGCUGUCCUACCCCAGUGCUGAUUUUACUCGUUUUUUGUCUGUUUUUACAUUGAGUCAACCAUGGCAUCCCACUGUCACUUCUUGGGGAGUGAUGGGCGAUUAGCAGAGCUUUGGGGUGCAGCCUGCGCCAGGGCAGCCCCCUCACUCUCACCCUGUACUGUAUGCAGCAGAUUUUGGUGUUUCUUUUAUUUAUUGUUGUGUUUUUGGAUGAACUUUAAUAAAAUCAAACUGUUAUUACAGGCUUUUGUU